UUUUUUCCAGCCAUUAAAGCACCUGUCGGAGCUUCUUUUGUAUCGUUUCAUUUCUGCAGCUCUCUCUCUCUCUCUCUCUCUCUCUCUCUCUCUCUCUCCUAUUUAUAGAUUUGUAUUGUUUUUGCUUCCAUUAAAGCACCUUUCCUAGCUUUUCUUCUUACAUUUCAUCAGCUUUCCCUAAUAAAUUUCAUCGCCUUUUCUCCUUAAUUUCUGCAGAUUCUCUCUCUCUCUCUCUCUCUCUCUCUCUCUACCAAAACGAGUUUUCCUUUUUUUUUUUUUUUUUCCUGCUUGUAUUUGGUGAUGCCCAAUCGGCUUUUCAGCUUCUCUUUCUCUGCGAAUCAUAAACCCUAGUGAUUGAGAGAAUCAGAGCGGCUUUGAUUGGUUUCAGCUGCAAUGAGGUCAGAGACUCGGCUCGAGUCUGCUGUUUUUCAGCUCACUCCUACUCGAACGAGGUGUGAUUUGGUUAUCAUAGCAAAUGGCAAGACGGAGAAGAUUGCAUCUGGGUUGUUGGACCCUUUUCUUGGCCACUUGAAGACAGCCCAAGAUCAAAUUGCCAAGGGGGGUUAUUCAAUUACACUCAAACCGGAUCCUGGAAGAGAUGUGACAUGGUUUACAAAAGGAAAUGUGGAGAGGUUUGUCCGAUUUGUAAGCACGCCUGAGGUCCUAGAACGAGUGAAUACUAUAGAAUCCGAGAUCUUGCAGAUUGAUGAUGCACUUGCCAUUCAGAGCAAUGACAAUCUAGGAUUCAGCACUCAGGUAGAAGAUCAUCAGACGAAAUCCAUGGGAAGCACUGAAGGUAGCAAGCGCGUGCUUGAUGCGGAUGCAGAUAAAGCAAUUGUGCUUUUCAAGCCUGGGGCAUAUCCACCUGAAUCAAAUGGUUCCACCGCCCACGAGGAGAAUUCGAAAGUUCAGCUUUUGAAAGUCCUCGAGUCGCGCAAAACUGUGUUGCAGAAAGAACAGGGUAUGGCCUUUGCACGUGCUGUAGCUGCAGGCUUUGACAUGGAUCACAUGUCACAUUUAUUAUCAUUUGCUGAAUGCUUUGGGGCCUCACGUUUGAUGGAUGCAUGCUUAAGGUUUAUGGAAUUAUGGAAGAGAAAGCAUGAAACUGGUCAAUGGCUUGAAGUUGAGGCAGCUGAUGCAAUGUCUAGCCAAUCAGGUUUCUCCUCCAUGAAUCCUUCAGGGAUUGUGCUCACUGGCGAAGCCAGGAAGCAGAAUGAAUUGAGGGAAGCAUCUCCUGAAUCCGGUGGUAUGUUUGGAACUGAAAGCAAUGGAAAAACAAGCAAUAAUGUGGGUCCAGAUAUGAGUUCUCAGUUUUUGAGCUCGGAUCACAACAGAGGUAAGUUAGGUAUAGAUACAAGGCCUCCCAUGGAUUCCCAGGUGCCAUUAAGCCCCCAUGAAUAUUUUCAAGGCCAAUUUCCACAUCCUAUGUAUCCCCAGUGGCCUAUUCAUUCUCCACCAGGUGCGCCAAUUUUCCAUGCCUAUCCCGUGCAAGGCAUGCCUUACUAUCAGAACUAUCCAGGAAGUGGUCCAUUUUUCCAGACACCGUAUCCUCCAAUGGAUGAUCCCAGGUACAAUGGCACACAAAGGAAUGGACAGAAAAGGCAUUCCAUGGAUGGUAAGAAUAGCAAUGUUGAAUCAGAGGCUUGGGAAGUUGGUGUUUCAAAUGCAAGGUCACAGGAUGGCACAGAUCAAAGCAUAUCAGAGUUGGAGCCACAGAGAAAAGUUGGCCAAGCGGGCAAAAAACAUUCGGGGAUGGUUGUCAUUCGGAAUAUCAAUUAUAUCACUUCGAAGAGGCACAAUACAUCAGGAAGUGAAUCCAAUUCAGCUUCUGAACCUGAAACUGAUGAGGAAGCUGAUGACUCUGAUAGCACGGAAAAGAAACGUAAGAACUCUGCAAGAUCUUCAAAAGGUAAAGGAAGUCACACAAAGUCUAGUGAUACUUGCAGUUUGAAUGACAGGGUUUAUGGGCGGGACACAGAUACUGGGAAUUGGCAAGCAUUUCAGAAUUGUUUAUUGCGAGAUGGUGAAGAGAAUACAACAAUUACUGAUAGAAGCAUGUUUUCUGCCGAGAAAGAGACCCGCACAAAAAGACGACAGAGUACAGCUGGGGCAGAUCCAAUUCUUACUCGACGAGAUUCAGCAGAUCUCCCAGAUCAGAGGAUGACCGAAUUUGAUACAUAUAGUGGCAGGACUGCUCGAAUAUAUAAGGAGAGGGCAUCAAAUGAUGAAUCCGCGAUUUCUCAUGAAGGGUUUCAUUCAAAUGGAGGAAGAGGAUUGGGAAAUAGCCAGCUAAAUGGACAGUUUGCCGAAAUAGGUGGAGGGAGAGGGUAUAGAAGGGUGACUAACGAUGAUUUCAUGAUAUAUGGACGAGGUAGCCAAUCUGGCACUACGAAUUCCCUGUCAGAUCCACUUGCUGGAAAUGAUUUUGGGCAUGCUGAUAAUUUGGAUAAGAGCUCCUCUCAUAAUAUAACAGAUGAAUCCUUUAUAGUUCCUUUUAGGUCAAGCUCUCAGGAUCACAUUGGAACAGGCAGCAGAACUGCUAUUGACAUGGAUUCGGAGUUCCCAUCAGCUCUUCAGAGAACAGAAGAUUCUUCCAAUAAGAUUAGAAGCCAAGUCAACUAUGAACCAGAUGAUUUGAGCCAGAUGCCAGAGCGUGGAACAGAGAGGGAAUCUGUUGGUUAUGAUCCAGCUGUGGACUAUGAAAUGCAGGCUCAUGCUGGAAACACUGUUGUGCUAGAGAGUGAAAACCAAGAUGUUGUGACUGGUGUUAAGGAAGGAUCAAAGAAAUUGGGCAAGGAAAAGAAGUUAAGAUCGCAAGAUGCUUUAGAGAAAAGAAAGAUGGAUUCAGCAAUAAGGAAGGGGAAGCCAUCAAAGUUGAAUUCUCUGGCAGAAGCACAAGUACGCGCUGAGAAGCUUCGGGCCUUCAAAGCUGAUCUUCAGAAAAUGAAGAAAGAGAAGGAAGAGGAAGAGAUGAAACGAUUGGAAGCUUUAAAGAGAGAGCGUCAAAAGAGAAUUGCUGCAAGAGGCGGCAGUUCUAGCCCCGCUCAGUCACCUUUGUCCUCUCAGCAAACCAGAUCCCGGCUGCCAACAAAGCUUUCCCCAGGCUUGCAUAAAGGGUCAAAAUUUAGUGAUUCAGAGCCGGGAUCAUCGUCACCUAUACAAAAGUUGCCUAUCAGAACAGUUUCUGUGGGAUCGAAUGAUUCUCAGAAAACCACUAAACCAAGCAGACUAAAUGGUCGACACUUAGUUGGGAAUGGAUUAAGCCGCUCAGUCUCGUCAUUACCUGAACUGAAGAAGGAGAAUAAUGGCCCUACACUAAAAAGCCCCGAACCAAAGGCAGCCCCAAUUCGGACUAGAAGACUCUCGGAACCAAAAGGCAUCAGCAGCGGUCAUGCUUCUUCACUUAAGUCUGGAAGCAGUGAUCCAGUACCAAAGAAAAAAUUAUCUGAUGAGCCUGAAAGCAAGAAGAUCUCUGCAAUAAUGAACCUUGACAGAACCAAGUCUGCGACGCUCCCUGAGCUGAAGAUUAGAACAUCAAGAGGCAAUUCAGAUAUGAUCCAGAACAAGUCAGCAAGAAAGGAGAUAAUGCAGAAAGAGAGUGGAUGCAAAUCUUCUCCAGCUUCUGAAAGUAUCAAAGUUAAAAAGAGUAAUGAGAAGACUUCGCAUCAUAGUAGCCAUGUGGAUGACAACCAAGUUGUUGAGAAGACUGUUGUGAUGCUCGAACAUGACACAAACCCUGUUCCCAUUGUGCAAACAUCCAAGGAAAAGUUAGAGAUGGGAAAAGGCUCAUUUGAUGAAGACACAGGAGAGAAGACUCGGGCAGUUGCAGAAUAUGGAUCUGAUUGUGUGGCAGCUUCACCUGUUAUCAUUGGUGAACCUGAUCAAGAUCCUAGUGAAUGCCGGCUCGAUGAGAAGUCUAUUUCUCAUAAGGUGCACUUCGUGACAGUAGAUUCUGCAAGGGAUGAAUUGCCAAAGUCCUCUGGCUUCAUUGCUGCUGAAAAACCAUAUCAGGCCCCUUACGCUCGAGCAUCAUCAUUGGAAGACCCAUGUACUAGGAAUUUACAAUACAGUAAAGCACCGCCAAUAAGCUCCGAAAUGGCAACAAGCACGGAGAAUGUCAAGGCACAUAUCCCCAAUUUUACAGGCACAAAGUCCCUAGAACAAAUUCCUGAAACUGUGGAUAAGCCUCGGGACAAGGAAGCCUCAAAAGGGUUCAGACGGCUGUUGAAGUUCGGAAGAAAAAACCACACUUCAGCAGCAGGAGAUCAUAGCUUGGAUUCAAAUAAGUCAAACAUUGACAGCCCAGCUGUUGAUGACCACACUGCAACCACUGCUUCCAGUGAAGUUCAUACACUGAAGAAUCUCAUCUCUCAAGAUGAUAGCCCCACAGGUGGAACUCCACACAAGGUUUCCCGUCCAUUCUCCUUGCUGUCACCCUUCCGGAGCAAGACCAGUGAGAAGAAGAUAGCAACAUGACGAGUCGACCAUAAUUUUAGUACAGGAAAAAAAAUGUAAGUUUCUUUCAAUAUUUGCUUAUCUGCGUUUGGUGAGCACUGAAAUGCUAAUGCGAUUCUAUUGAUAUGCUUAUCGUAUAAUCAAAAGUGUUGUCCUUUAUCAUAUUGCUGUAGAAACCACAUUCUUCAGAUUCAUUUCGUAAUGUUCAUAUCCUGAAUUGGUCUGCA